GAGAGGAGGGGAGGGACAGCGGCACGGGUGAGGAAACACGGACUGGAAGCUUUCCAAAUGCUGCACUGGUCUAACUCGCCGAGCAUGGCUCCAGCCAAGCAUUCACCUCGUCCACACAGGGUGGAAGCUUUGAGGUUCUGCAUUCUGCUAUGAUAUGAAGCGGGGACGUGCUGGAUGUAGCACCAUCUGUGAGGACUUGUACAACUUCCUAAAAUGUGAUGGAUCCUCCUCAAAGGCAAAAUGGACCAAUCCAGAGACAAGAUGCAAGCGUCUCUGACCUCCCCAUGCCCCUGACUGAGGAUCUACGUGGAAUGGACCUUUACGAGUACAUUGAUUCUACUGAAGAUAAUAUAACACAUUUGCUCGUAGCCCCAACUGGAUCCCAACCCAAACCUCCAGCCGAUCUCUGGGGCUGCAUGACAGGAGGUCCUGGGAAUACAGAUGGCCAAAGCACAAACGGGCCUCCUCCUGUCCGUCGCCCUCCCCCUCCACUCAGAACCAGACUUCCUAGUGCCUGUCUGCCAGGUAGACAAAGCAGUGGACCCCCUCCUGUUCCCCCCAGGACGCGAGUACCCCUCAGCAAAAAGCUUUCCUGCGACCUCCCGGAGCCUGCUCACAGAUUCAAUCGUUCCAGGACAGAAAUAGACAACCAUGAUCCAUGGACCAUCAAACUUAUAGACACACCGCAAGGCAGCACCAAGAGUCUUGCUUCUUUUUGUGCUGCAACUUCCAAGCUAAUGUCAGAGCACAAGCACACAGACAGCGAUCAUAACUCCGGUGUGGUGUGGGGUCGCGUGCUACAGAUCCACCCCGCCCUGCUGCAGCAGGUGGAGGUGAUCGUCAGCGUGGCCUCCGAGUGGGACGAGCACCAGCUCCCCCUCCCCACCACAGUGAACAGGACGGUGCAGAGUCUGAUAGAUGAAAUCUUCCAGCUGCUGGACCUCACUCCCAGCGCAAGUGGGCAUUAUGUUUUAAAACUGUGCGACUCGGAGGAGUUUCUCCGAAAUGAGGAACUGCUGGGUAUGCAUGAGACUAUUCAGAUGUGCUACAAGUUUAAGCUCGUGGUGCCCCUCCGACUGCUCAACUUUAACAGCCUCAAGCACCGUCUGAUCAGGGAUGGGGAGGACGAUGGAACCCCGUGCCAGCUGUACCAGCACCUGCGUCCCAUCGGCGUCUUCAACACCUGCAGGUUGAGUCUGCAGGAUCUGCUCAGCAGCUACAACAGAGGGGCGACAGAGCUGAUGAGAUCUAAGUCUGGGACAAACGUGAACGUGCUGGUGGGCUGUGUUCGCACCAUCAGCAAUCUCCUGUGUGGCCUCUCGUGUCAGGAGUUGGAGGACACGAUUGGCUGGCUCAAUCGAAUCAAUCCCACGCCUCUGAGUCAUGAUGAGAUGUCUGAGUGUGAAACUGCCAUGAUCCUGCUCCACAGGGCGCUGCUUAAAGUGCUGCAGAUCUUUUUUGACAACUUCCAGUCGGACUUCAGGGCUCAAGAGGUCACCAGCAAACCGCAAACACGGGACGUGGAGGACAACGCUGAAAUCUUCCAGUUCAAUAUCUCGGCUCUCUACCAGCUACAGCUCGCCUGGCUGAACAGCUAUGAGUGCUUCUCUGUUUCCUGUGAGUUGACGCACGGAGCGACGAAGAUCUGUGACACUGGUAUUUCUGAGAAUAUCAGCACCGCCUUGUCAUACGGGAACAAGAUCCAGUGUAACCGCAUGAUGGUGUUCCCGGUUCCAGUUAAUCAGCUACCAUAUGAGUGCAUGUUGACAUUUCGCCUCAAAGGCUCCAAACGAGGCAAGAACCCAGAGCUUUUAGGCUGGGCUGUGCUACCUCUCUACAGCAACAAGACUCUGGUGACGGGGACCGUUCUGCUCAGUAUGUCCACGCUGGCGGAGCUGCCUGCUCCUCCGUCUCCCGGCCUGUUCGACAGCCACAGACAAGCCAUCGGGGCCAUACUGCAGCUCCAGUUUCCUGAUCAGCUUGAGUGGAGGUAUCAGAGGCCCAUCGCGCUCCCCGGCUCAGUCAUAUUCACUCAGCCGUGUGAGGAACUGCAAAAGAAAAUGUCGGACGUCUCGAAAAAGCACUGCCUCUGCUUUCUGACACAAAAUGAGAAGGCUUUCCUCUGGAGUAAGCGUUACUGCAGUGACAAAGGCAGUACUUUCCUUCACCUGCUGCUGGGUGGAGCCCCCCGGUGGCAGCCUGAAGACCUGACAGAAAUCUACACUAUUGUCGAGCACUGGCCCCUCUAUCUACCUGAGGAGGCGCUCUUCCUGCUCAGCGACAGUUUUCAUGAUCAGACCGUGCGAAGGGCUGCAGUUCACUUCUUUGAGCAGAUACCAGAUGGAGAGCUGGAGUUGUUUCUGCCACAGCUGGUCCAGGCUCUGAAGAGUGAGUGGGAGCUGGACGGACCUCUGGUGAUGCUGCUGUUGGAGAGAUCACUGAAGAACAUACAGAUUGCCCACCAACUCCACUGGCUGCUGCAGGAUGCCCGCAAUGACCCCUACUACCGGAGCUGGUUCAGUAAGGUUCAGGCUGCCCUGCGGCACUGCUGUGGCCACGCACUGAGGCAGGAGCUGGAGCACGAAACCCGGCUGGUGUCUGUGCUCACACAGGUGGCCGAGAGGGUUCGCACUGCUGAAAAGGCUCAACGUAAGAAUGUUUUGAAGAAAGAAAAGCUGAAGCUUGACGACUUCUUCAGAGAUGGGAUCAGCUGCCGUCUGCCACUGGAUCCUGCAGUUUGUGUAAAAGCAGUGGACUUGGAUGCCUGUAAGUUCUACAACUCCAAUGCUGCUCCUCUGGGGAUCUCAUUCAUCUGCUCUGACCCUCUGGCCAAGAACAUCAGUGUCAUCUGCAAGACAGGAGAUAACCUUCGUCAGGACAUGCUGGUACUGCAGAUAGUCCGUGUGAUGGACAGGGUCUGGCUCCAGGAGGGCCUGGACCUGCAAAUGAUCACCUACAGGUGUCUCUCUACGGGCAGAGCUCAGGGUCUGGUGGAAGUGGUUCCAGAGGCAGUGACCUUAGGGAAGAUUCAGCAGGAGUGGGGUCUGGGUGGCACCCUUCGAGAAGACACGCUAGAGAAAUGGUUCCACAUGUGGAACAAAACUAAGGAGGAUUAUGAGAAGGCUGUGAUGAACUUCAUCCACUCGUGCGCAGGGUGGUGUGUGGCCACCUUCAUCCUGGGGAUCUGUGACCGCCACAAUGACAACAUCAUGUUAAGACACAGUGGGCACAUGUUUCACAUCGACUUUGGCAAGAUUAUGGGCAAUGCACAGAAGUUUGGAAGCUUUAAAAGGGACCGAUCGCCGUUCAUCUUUACAUCUGAGAUGCAGCACGUCAUCACAGGCGGGGGUCAGAAGCCUCAGCGCUUGCAUCGCUUUGUGGAGCUCUGCUGUGAAGCUUACAACAUCAUCAGGAAGCGCUCUGCACUGAUACUCAGCCUGUUGGAGCUGAUGCUACAAGCAGGAAUGCCAGAACUGAAGGACUCUAACGAUCUGCAGUAUGUCCAGAACAACCUCAGACCUCAUGACACAGACCUGGAGGCCACAUCCUAUUUUACAAAGAAGAUCAAGGAAAGCACAGGCUGUGUUGCAGUCAAGUUCAACUUUCUGACACACAGCAUGGCUCAGGGGAAGAAACAGGAACCACUAACCCGGAACGGCAUCCCCGCUCCCAGCACCAACAUCCAAGAAGCUGUCAUCCAGGGAUACACCGUCAGGGGAAGAGAUGUGAUCUAUGACCUGAGAGUAACCAUUCAUGAUGGCUUCCUGAACAGCGAGAAGACAUUCGGGCAGUUUGAGCUCAUCCAUAAGCAGCUGCAGAAAUACUUCAUUGAAUCUAUGCUGCCAGAGUUUCCCAGGUGGUUUAAGUUGUCGUUCACUCCAGGGAAGAGGAUGUCUCGGCUGAACAAAUACCUAAAACAGCUUUUUGAGGGACCAUGCAAGGGCAAUGAAUUUGUGUGCAGCUUGUUCCUGGAUGGCCCCAAAGUAGUCCAAGAAAGUGUGGUGACAGGGGCCCAUCCUCAGAUCCAGCUCUACAUUUCUUACUCCUACUGUAAGCUCUCGGUCUUGGUAAAACACCUGGAGAACAUUAAGCAAGCAAACGGCUCCAACCCUGACGCCUACGUGGUCACGCGUCUGAGACCGGACCCUCAGCAGCGCUCCAAGAAGAAGACAAAGGUGGUCCGCAAUAAUGACAACCCCACCUUCAAUGAACUGAUGGAGUACAGUUAUGUCCCACUGCUGUAUGGGAUGGUGCUGGAAGUGACAGUGAAGAGCAAGAAUACUUUUGUGGCUGCAACUAAUAUUAAACUGGAGGAGGAGUUGCUUGACAAGGAGACCUGGUUUCCCCUCAGGAACUGUGCAAUCUGACCUCAAAGUGUGCUGCACUGUGUGUUGGCUGCCAGCAGGGGGUGCAACCACACAGCUGGACGGACUCCAUCCAAGGAGCUCUCAGACUGAAUGAGUAAGACAAAUUCACCUGUGUGGAGGAGGUGUGCACUCUCAUUUAUACGUAUUUAUCCGAUGGAAAUUAACCUCACUCCGGGGCUAAAUUUGCUUGGCAGUGGAUGAUGUAUUUGGAUGAAGUUACAAGGCUGAGUAGAACUCAAGCAAGGAGACUGUUUACUGUGUAAAGCAUUAUUUAGCAUAUGCAUGUGUUUUGAAUUUAAAUCAAAUGAAGGACAUUUGCUAAUUAGUCAAUUUUUUAUGUGGUCUUGAUUAUGGAUGAAGGAAAGAGCAUAUUACUUUUAUUAUCAAACUUGCACUUUCAUUUGUACUUUAACUUUGUUUUCUUCUCUGCGAGUCAAAACUGUCCUUGUAAACGUGUGCGGUCGAGACUGUCGAUGUGACAGAUUAAAGAGGCAGUGAUGCAGUGCUGUUAGGAUCUGCCUGCCUGAUACCUGCCCAGACUGAGUGUUUGUCCCUUUGGGCUGUGUCAACUGCAUGUCCUUGACCAAUGGAAUUGGAGGCGGGAGGCAGGAGGGUGAGGGAGCGGGGGGGGUGAGGAGUGAGGAGAGUGUGUGAGCAGGAUGACAACACUGCCUCUCUGGCCUGAGGGGCUGAGUUAACACUCUCCCCCUCACUCCAUCCUUUGUCUUAUCCAUCAGUGGCAUUCAAACACAGUUAUGCACAUGCAUGCAUAAGCAUGCAAAAGCAGACAGUCACAUGCCCACACAAAUACCCCUGAAGAAGCACCUCCUCACACACACACACACUCUUUUAGAGCUCAGGCAGGUCUUCAUGUUAUCUUAAUGCCAUCCUCCUCCUGACAGACCUGCUGACCCGUAUUCUCCUCCACCUCAUUCACAGGAUUUAGUGAUGAGGAGGAUAGAAAUAGACUUCCCUGCACUGGAUUUGGUUCAAUAAUGUAUACCACUGUGAAUGCUAUUUCUAUUACUCCCUGCUGGGUCCCUCACAGUGAGGUAGGCUUGGAAGAAAAUGCUGGCUGCUACUCUUCAUAGUAGUAUUCACAGAGUAUUAAUGGAUCCUGGCAUCACUCAUCAGUUGCAGACCUAACAGAAGAAUUGCAUCUAUUGUUUUGGAAUAGAUGAUUAAUCCAAAAACAACACUGUGUCUUGCGCUUGGCUACGAUCUUCUUAUGUGUGUUCAAGUCUGCCACAAUAAUUGCACUUGCAUCAAUUAUUAAUUCUGUGAUAAGAAUCUAAUAUCCCACUCCAGGGAUUUCUCCGGCAGAGCGAUUCUUCGCUAGAGUCUCUUUUCAGGCCCGCUGGAACCUUCUGGUCUGUUCCUCUGCAGCACAGAGUGCAGGCAGCAGAGAAAAUGCACAUCUAUUUUCUGACAAUAAAACUGGUAUUUAUAUCUGA